AAAAUCCUGCGAUUAAGCAAAAACCCUCGCGCUUUCGGUCAUUUUUCAGGCCUCAUUGUGUUGGCGGCGAUGGCGAUGCAGCGGGCGCUGAGGGCGUACCUGGAAGUGCUGCGGCUUGUGCGACACCUCCCUCCGGAGACCCGGCCUUACUACUGCAAGUACGCCCGCGAGAAUUUCGUCAAUUACCGCGACCUGGACGAGUCGGCCUCCCUCGACGAGCUGCUGCAGCGCGCCUACGCCCACAGCACCUGGGUCCUCGACAAGUACGCCGUGGAUCAAUUGGCCGCUAACAAGCUGAAGCAGAUCUGCAGCAGUUGAGCAGAUGAGCGGGCAGUCUCUUUGCCUUCCAGGUCGAUGUUGUCAGGAGGUUCCAGUCGCUAGUCCCCCACCACUUGUCGUGACGGGUUCACAUAUUUUGGGCUUUUUGGUGUACUUGUUACAUUUUAUAUACUUGUGACGUAUAACUGUACUCGUGGAUUUUUAUCGAGUUUUGGUCUACUGCCUUUGUUUUCUGCUGUGUUGGAUUUUUGUUGUGGGUUUAAGUUUUCCGUUGUAUUAGUGGAGUAAAUUUUAUUUAAAUAAAUUGUGUGGUUGUGUCAGCCAGAGGCUGAGUUAAUAUAAACAGCGUGGAUUGUUAACUA